AUGGGGAGCACCCCAGCCAGAGCGGCUCGCACAGCCUUCGCUCAGGUGCGAGCGACUGAUCGGCGCGCUGGGCGUUGGUGGCGAUCACCGAGCGCUGUACAGCCUGCCGGGAGCUGCUGGGAUGCGCAGUGCGGCGUGAGGCGGGCGCCGAUUUUGAACCGCCCCGCCACACAUGCAGGUGGCCGCCCCAGCCAGCGGCGCCGCUUCUACGUGGCGCAGCUGGCCACCAUGAAGGAGCGGGAGCUCAAGUGCCUGUACGUCAACUUCGAGCACGUGCUGGAGUAUGACCAGUCGCUGGCCGCCAACAUCGCAGAGGCCUACUACCGGCUGGAGCCCUUCCUGCACGCCGCGGUGCGCGCCUUUGUGCGCCAGCACCUGGACACCUUUGCCGAGAACGAGGACGGCAGCGACAAGCAGUUCUGGAUCUCCUUCUACGGCCUGCUGGAGACGGACAGGCUGCGCUCGCUGCGCUCCGCCAAGAUUGGAAAGCUGAGCCAGUUUGUGGGCACCGUGACGCGCACCACCGACGUGCGGCCCGAGCUCUACACCGGCACCUUCCGCUGCAUGGAGUGCAUGACGGUGGUCCAGGACGUGGAGCAGCAGUUCAAGUACACGCAGCCCGUCAUCUGCCCCAACGCCACCUGCGGCAACACCACCGCGUGGUCGCUUGUGAUGGACCAGUCCCACUUUGUGGACUGGCAGAAGGCCAAGGUGCAGGAGAACCCGGAUGAGGUGCCCGCGGGCUCCCUGCCACGCACCAUGGAGGUCAUCCUGCGCAAUGACCAGGUGGAAAGCGUGCGACCCGGAGACAAGGCGGUGUUCACCGGCAUGCUGGUGGUGGUGCCGGAUGUGGCGGCGCUGACCGCGCCCGGCGAGCGGCUGCAGGCCAAGCUGCAGAGCGACAAGGGCGGGCUGAGCGAGGGUGUGACGGGGCUGAAGAGCGGCCCCGCGCGCACCGGCGUGCGCGAGCUGACCUACAGGCUCGUCUUCAUCGCCAGCGGCACGCAGGUGGGUCCUCCGCAGCAGCAGCACGGCAUGGUCAACAUCCGCGCCGACGACGACCAGGAGCCCGAGGAGGUGCUGGCGCAGUUCAGCCUGGAGCAGAGGAUGCGUCGUGACGAGAGCCUGUAUGAGCGCAUGGCUCGCUCCAUCGCGCCCAACGUGCACGGCCACAUCGACGUCAAGCGCGCGCUGCUGCUCAUGCUGCUGGGUGGCAUGCACAAGGUCACCAAGGAGGGCAUCAACCUGCGCGGCGACAUCAAUGUGGCCAUCGUGGGCGACCCCGCCUGCGCCAAGAGCCAGAUGCUCAAGUAUGUGGCCGCCUUCCUGCCCCGCGCCGUGUACACCUCCGGCAAGAGCUCCUCCGCCGCGGGCCUCACCGCCACCGUGGUCAAGGAGAGCGAGAGCAACGAGUUCUGCAUCGAGGCGGGGGCGCUGAUGCUGGCGGACAACGGCAUCUGCUGCAUCGACGAGUUCGACAAGAUGGACGUCAAGGACCAGGUUGCCAUCCACGAGGCCAUGGAGCAGCAGACCAUCUCCAUCGCCAAGGCAGGGAUCCAGGCCACCCUCAACGCCCGCACAUCCAUCCUGGCGGCGGCCAACCCGGUGGCGGGGCGGUACGACCGCUCCAAGCCCCUGAAGUACAACGUGGCGCUGCCGCCAGCCAUCCUGUCACGCUUUGACCUGCUGCACGUCAUGAUUGACGAACCAGACGCAAACCUGGACAAGCAGAUAGCGGAGCACAUCCUCAGCGUGCAUCAGGGCCAGGGUGUGGCGCUCAACCCGCCGUACACGAUGGAGCAGAUGCAGUGCUUCAUCAAGUACGCCCGCGCCAUCAAGCCACACAUCUCCCGAGAGGCCCAGCGCCAGCUGGUUGUCUCCUACAAGAAGCUGCGCGGCGACGACGCCGCCCCCGGCACCGCCACCGCCUACCGCAUCACCGUGCGCCAGCUGGAGGCGCUGGUGCGGCUGAGCGAGGCGCUGUCGCGCCUGCACCUCAGCGAGCACGUCACUCGGGAGCACGUCAAGGAGGCGUACCGCCUGGUCAAGAACAGCAUCAUCAAUGUUGACCAGGCCGACCAGGAGCUGGGGGAU